CUGAGAUACUCAGUGGACCUGCCGUGCCACACGAGAGAGGAGGCUAUCGACUGGAAACCUCAGCGAAAUCAGUGUGACAGAAAAGAAUCACCAAAGUAACUAAACUCAGAAUGUCAUCGACGAUGUCUGAGUUUGACCUAUCUCAAGCUCUGCCCAGCCCCAUUGAAUCGGACGAGAAAAUAAUUGAACACUGCUACUUCGACAUGACGGAGCUUCAGGUCGCGGUCAUCACACCCGAUGAGGACCUGGACCUGAAGGUUCCUCACAAGAAGAAGACGCUGAGGAGUGCAGCUAACCUGAUACUGAUCUUGAACAGAAUGACAGAGUCCCCAUCUUGCUGCAUCCACCAGCUCAGUGAGGAUGAGCUCUGCAGCAUAGUCAUGGACAGUCUGGUGGAAGAAACUGUUGUGGAGACAUUCUUGACCAGUAACACAGGACAGAAAAAAGUGACUUUCCGGCGUGUCAACAGUGUGAAGCAGUUCACGCUUUGCGACAGCGUCCAGAAAGACCUCGUCCAGCAGUCAGGAGAACUAAAACUGCAGGCCCUCACGCUCAAAGGAGGACACUACCAGUGUAAAGUGAAUUUUAAGAUGGCGAGGUACGUCACUCCUUGUGUUCCUGCUGCUGAUGUUCAGACUGUUCUCCUCUCCAUCAACAACGACCUGCAUAUGUCCUGCACCAUGAUAGACGACACACCCGUGCUGACUCUGGAGAGAUGCCGUGAGGACGAGCUAAAGAUGAUCAGCGACGACCAAAACAUGGACCGCUUCCUUUUCUUUAAGAGGCACUCGGCCAUGACUCUCUACACCUUUGAGUCUGUGAAACACAGGGGCUGGUUCAUCAGCACCUCUACUGAGGAUGAAAACCAUUCUGUGGAAAUGUGUAAAGUGGACGCCGCCUCCCGUCUCACCAGCUUCAAAUUAAAUUAAAACUCGCGCUGAACUUGUGUGUUUCUCUGCUCCUCCACUAGAUGGACCAGUUCUACAACAUUGCCUGAGCCUGUCAAUGCUAUGCUGUGGAGAAGCUCAGAAUUUAAUGGAACCGCUAGAAGUCCUUUAACGCUAUAUUAAUUUUAUUCAUGCUAACAUGCUUAAUAAAAGAAAACACCUGUCGUCUUUGACGAAGAAUUUUGUAAAAGGAUAUUCCUAUAAAGUAUUAUCUGUCAAUUGUUCCUUAUGUUCACUGCUUUCACUUUAUUUCUAUGGCCUGUUAUCCCACUGUUGUUCUGCCAUUAAAACAUUUCACAUGUAAUGGUUUAAAAAAAAAUAAAAAAUUAAAAGAAAAAGAA